GCCACUGUCUGUCUUGGCCAGCUAUAAAACCCCAGCAUCUUCUUCCACAUUCCUUCCUAACUGAGCGGGAAAAAGCUGCUCUCAAGUGAAGCAGCCAAAAAGCAAAAACGCCGUCGUUCUAUUUUGAGCCUCUAGGGUUUUCUCAUUUGGUGUAAUCAUGGCCAACGUUGUGGAUCAAGAUCAGCAAUGGCUUCUCAGUUGCCUUUCUGCCACACUUGACCCUAACCAGGAGGUUCGCUCUUUCGCCGAAGCGUCCCUUGAUCAAGCCUCUCGCCAAUCAGGUUUUGGUAGUGCAUUAUCGAAAGUCGUAGCAAACAAGGAACUUGCUGUGGGACUGCGUCAGUUAGCUGCAGUCCUUCUAAAGCAGUUAGUUAAAAAGCAUUGGCAGGAGGGUGAAGACUCAUUUGAACCUCCUGUGGUUUCUGUUGAUGAAAAGGAUAUCAUCCGCAGGAUGCUUCUAUUGACAUUAGAUGACCCUCAUCGUAAAAUUUGCACAGCUAUUGGUGUGGCUGUGGCGUCCAUUGCAGCGUAUGACUGGCCAGAGGAAUGGUCAGAUUUGUUGCCAUUUCUCCUGAAUUUGAUCAACAAUCAAACCAACUUGAAUGGAGUCCAUGGAGCUAUGAAAUGCUUGGUUCUUCUCUCUGCGGACUUGGAUGAUAGAAUGGUUCCAACAUUAAUACCUGCUCUUUUCCCAAGUUUGCUGACCAUUGUAUCCUCUCCGCAGAUAUAUGACACAUACAUACGAACCAAGGCCCUUUCAAUAGUCUAUUCUUGCACGUCUAUGCUGGGGGCAAUGAGUGGUGUUUAUAAUGCAGAAACGAGUUCUCUAGUAGUUCCUUUGCUUAAACCAUGGAUGGAACAGUUUUCUUCUAUUCUACAAAUUCCAGUUCAAUCUGAAAAUCCAGAUGAUUGGAGUAUUAGAAUGGAGGUUUUGAAGUGCUUGAAUCAGUUUAUUCAGAAUUUCUCUAGCCUAAUUAAAAGUGAAUUUGAGGUCAUAUUGCGACCAUUGUGGAAUACAUUUGUCUCCUCUUUGAGAGUUUAUGAGCAGGCAUCUAUCGAAGGAAUGGAAGAUUCAUAUGAAGGAAGAUAUGAUUCUGAUGGCUCAGAGAUAAGCCUUGAAUCAUUUGUUAUCCAGCUGUUUGAACUUCUGUUGACCAUUGUGGGUAAUUCAAGACUAGGAAAGGUGGUUGCAGCUAAUGUCAAAGAAUUGGUGUACUAUACUAUUGCUUUUCUUCAAAUGACGGAACAACAGGUACAUACGUGGUCUGCGGAUGCCAACCAGUUCAUUGCUGAUGAAGAGGAUGCCACUUAUAGCUGUCGCAUUUCUGGCGUGCUUUUACUGGAAGAGGUAGUCAAUUCUUUUGAUGGUGAAGGAUAUCUGGCCGUCAUAGAUGCUGCAAAACAAUGGUUCAACGAGUCUCAAACAAGAAAAGUGGCAGGCAAUGCAAGCUGGUGGAGGAUAAGAGAAGCUACUCUUUUUGCCUUGUCAUCUCUUUCAGAACAACUGCUUGAGACACAGGAGUCAGGGUUUCAGACAAGUAAUUUGAAGACCAUGAUUGAACAGAUUGUUGUCGAGGACUUUCAAAUAGAUUCUCUUGAAUACCCCUUUCUAUAUGCUCGUAUUUUUACUUCAGUUGCCAAAUUCUCCUCUGUGAUAAGCAGUGAAGUACUGGAGCACUCUCUUGAUGCAGCACUGAAGGCAAUUACGAUGAAUGUGCCUCCACCUGUAAAAGUAGGUGCCUGCAGGGCACUUGCUCAACUUCUACCUAAAGCAAAGAAAGAAAUUGUCCAACCACAAUUAUUCGGUUUAUUUUCAUCCCUCACAGAUCUUCUUAAUCAUGCAUCAGAUGAAACCUUGCAUAUGGUACUUGAAACAUUGCAAGAAGCAGUAAAGGCAGGCUACGAAUCACCAGAAAUAGUAGAACAUGUUUUAUCUCCUGUAAUCCUUAAUGUAUGGGCAUCACAUAUUUUGGAUCCUUUUAUCAGUAUUGAUGCACUUGAAGUUCUUGAGGCAAUCAAAAGCAUUCCUGGAUGUAUACAUCCAUUGGUUUCCAGAAUUUUGCCAUAUAUUGGGCCAAUUUUAAAUAAACCCCAAGAGCAGGCUGAUGGUCUGGUAGCUGGUUCACUAGAUCUGGUAACAAUGUUACUGAAGAAUGCCCCUGGCGAUGUAGUGAAAGCAGUAUAUGAUGUCUGUUUUGAUGCUGCUAUUAGAAUUAUCCUUCAAAGUGAUGAGCAUAGUGAAAUUCAGAAUGCUACAGAAUGUUUAUGUGCUUUUAUAUCUGGGGGAAGACAAGAAGUUCUUUUCUGGGGACCCGAUUCUGGAUCAACUAUGAGAAGCUUACUUGAUAUAGCCUCAAGACUACUAGACCCAAAUUUGGAAAGCUCCGGGUCUCUUUUUGUUGGGAGUUACAUUCUUCAGCUCAUAUUGCAUUUACCAUCGCAAAUGGCUGUACAUAUACAUGACCUGGUUGCUGCUCUUGUCAGACGUAUGCAAUCUGCUCAAAUUUCAUCCCUAAGAAGCUCAUUGCUAGUUGUUUUUGCCAGAUUGGUACACAUGAGUGUUCCUAAUGUUGGACAAUUUAUUGAUUUGCUAAUUUCAAUUCCCGCUGAGGGACAUAAUAAUUCCUUUGCUUAUGUAAUGUCAGAAUGGGCUAGGCAACAAGGUGAAAUACAGGGGGCCUAUCAAAUAAAAGUUACUACAAGUGCCCUGGCCUUGUUGCUAAACAGCAAGCACAGUGAACUGGAAAAAACACGUGUCCAAGGUCACCUGAUUAAGUCUGCCACAGGAAUAACCACAAGAUCAAAAGCUAAAUCAACUCCAGAUCAGUGGGUAAUGUUACCACUUCCUACAAAGAUUGUGGCUUUACUGGCAGAUGCAUUAACUGAAAUACAAGAACAAGUUUUAGCUGGUGAAGAUGAGGAUAGUGAUUGGGAAGAAGUUCAAACAGAUGGCAUUGAUAAUGAUAAAGAAUUUCUUUCUUCAGUGUCAGCUCUGGGAAAACCCUCAUAUGAACAUCUUGAAGCAAUGGCCAAAGUAUUUAACGAGGAUCAGGAUGAUCAGUAUGAAGAUGACCUUUUAUAUGUUGCCGAUCCUCUUAAUCAGAUAAAUGUGGUAAAUUACCUUGUGGAUUUCUUUGCUAACUUCUCCCAGUCGGACAGACAACUCUUAGAUCACAUAUGCAAGAGCUUGACUCAGCCUCAACAAAAUGCAAUUCAAAUGGUACUGAAGAGAUGAGAUUGAGUGUCUCAAGGAUUCAUCGAUACUACUAUGAACCGAGAAACAAAGAUAGUUGGAAAAGUGUAUUUUGUUGGGGAAAUUGUUUGUAGUAUGAAAGUUAUUUUCUUUCUGCUGCUGUGUUCCCCUUUAUAAGUUUCUUUUUUUAUAAGCUUUAUAAGUUUAUUGAUUGUGUUUACUCCAUUUGUGUUGUAUGCGCUAUCAGUUUUGGUUUAAAUUGGUUUAUUCUAAUUGCUAAUUGACCAAGUUAUUUGCA